AUGGUGAUGGGGCUCAAAGUGUUGUUAAUGGUGGUUUUUUUGUGGGGUUUUUGUUGCUUAUUUCAAAAUGUGAAUGGUGAACUUGAGUUACAGUUCUAUAAAAAGAGCUGCCCUGAUGCGGAGAAGUUGGUGAAAGAGAAAAUGAGAAAAAGCAUGUUGAAUGAUCUUUCUACUGCAGCUGCGAUUCUGAGACUGGCUUUUCAUGAUUGUCAAGUUGAUGUAAUUUUUUGCCUUUGUUGGAUCAUCAUGGUUCUUCGAAUCUGCAUUUUCAUGAAUUUCGGAAUUCGGAAGCUGAAUGUUAUCAAUGAGAUAAAGAGUUCUCUUGAAGCAAUUUGUCCUGAAACAGUCUCUUGUGCUGAUAUUAUUCAGUUGGCUGCAAGGGAAGCUGUAUAUCUGACAGGAGGACCAUAUAUAAAGGUUUUGACAGGAAGAAGAGACACUGUUUCUGCUAGCAAGGAGAGAGCUGAUAAGCAACUUCCUGCAGCUUAUAUUUCCGUUGAUGCAUUCAUUCAAAUCUUCCGCAAGAAGAAUAUCAGUUUGGAAGAUGGAGUUGCACUCAUGGGAUCUCAUACUUUAGGCAUAGGCCAUUGCAGAAACUUCAGGGAGAGGCUAUGGCCAACGAGUGAUCCCACAUUGUCACCACCCUUCUCAGUUAUGCUGCAAACAAUAUGCAUCAAUCCUGCAUUAUCCGACGUGUCAUUUGCUCAGAAUGAUGCUACAAUCUUCUCCUUUGACAACCAAUACUUUAUUGACAUUCAAACUGGAAGAGGGCUGCUGAAGAUUGAUUCUGAGAUUGCUUCAGACCCCAGAACACAGCCCUAUGUAAGUGCAUUUGGACACAACACACAACACUUCUUCAAUAGGUUCACUUCAGGGUUCCUGAAGCUGUCAAAUUACAAAGUUUUAGUUGGAGAAGAGGGAGAGAUUAGGAGGGAUUGCAGGUUUAGAAAUAGCUAA